AAGGCGAGGCGGUGUGGGCCUUUGCGUGGAAAUCCAAAUACAUUUGCCUUUUCAUUUGCAUUUUGUUCCAUGGUAAUCUAUUCUAAUGGUUGUGUAGAUUCCAUUCCAUUAUCAAGCAGGAAGUAGAAAGUGGAAAGGCAGAGUGCAGAGAGGGGAUCUGUGGAAGCCGAUGGCAGUGAAGAAGAUGAAGUGGAGAUCCAUAUUCUCGAGCUGUUGCGAGGUGGAACUGGAGGUGAAGAAAGUAGUGGCGAAGCCGAGUUCGUUCCAGAGGAUUUCCCAAGUGGAUUUCGGAAAUCUGUCGGAGGAUCUCUCCAUCUCUCUGGCUGGAUCUGACAUACACGCCUUCACCUUCGCCGAGUUGAAGCUAAUUUCCCAGAGCUUUUCCUCCUCUAACUUCCUCGGAGAAGGUGGGUUCGGCCCCGUCUACAAGGGCUUCGUCGAUGACAAUCUCAGGCCCGCCUUGCCCGCUCAGCCCGUCGCUAUUAAACUCCUCGAUUUGGAUGGCACCCAAGGCCACAGGGAGUGGCUGACGGAGGUGAUUUUUCUUGGGCAACUCAAGCACGCCCACCUUGUGAAGCUCAUUGGGUACUGCUGCGAAGACGAGCAUAGGCUGCUUGUGUAUGAGUAUAUGCCCAGAGGAAGCUUGGAGAAUCAACUUUUCAAAAAAUAUUCAAUCCCAUUGCCGUGGUCCACCAGAAUGAAGAUCGCUCUUGGAGCUGCACAGGGUCUGGCAUUUCUCCAUGGAGCAGAAAAGCCAGUCAUUUAUCGGGAUUUCAAAGCCUCAAACAUUCUGUUGGAUUCUGAUUACACCGCGAAGCUGUCUGAUUUUGGGUUGGCAAAGGAUGGUCCAGAAGGAGACAACACACACGUCUCCACCCGAGUUAUGGGGACGCACGGAUAUGCUGCGCCGGAGUAUAUAAUGACUGGGCAUUUGACGGCGAUGAGUGAUGUGUAUAGCUUCGGAGUAGUGCUUUUGGAGCUGCUGACAGGGCGGAGGUCGGUGGAGAAGAGCAGCCGCCGCAGGCAGCAGAACUUGGCAGAGUGGGCAAGGCCGUUGCUGAACGAUCACAGAAGACUCGGCCGAAUAAUAGACCCCAGACUGGAAGGCCAAUACUCGGAAAUGGGAGCUCAAAAGGCAGCCGCAUUGGCUUACCAGUGCUUGAGCCACCGCCCCAAGCAGAGGCCCACAAUGAGCGCCGUGGUCAAGGUAUUAGAGCCGCUCAAGGAUUUCGACGACAACAUUUCUUCAGCCACCUUCGUUUACACGGUCCAAUCCGAACAAGAAACCACUACUGGGAAAGUGUGAACAAGAAACCGCUACUUGCGUCGUCAAAUCAUCAACACCCUUAGCCUUACCCAACUGUAGAUACGGAGGAUUUCUAUUUACUUAAAGCUGGUUCGUUUUUGUUUGAAAUUAAAAUCUUCCAUAAUUGAUUUCAUUGCCAGGAAAACACUUGCUUUAAUUUCCUCCUAAUCACGCGGAUCUGUUGCAUUAAUUAUUUGAGUCCAUUUUUAAACAAGAAAAUGACCCCUUAAUUUAACAAUUCCCUCAUUGAAUUUUAA